UCCGUGCAAUAAAAAAAGCGUUUCUUGUAAAAGUCUCCCAUUUUGCAUCAGAGUAGACUACGCUUCCUGUCGCUCAACAAACCUGCGCAAUUCCGUUUGGGACAAUAUGGCCUUCAACCAGCAGCAGACACCUUUCUAUAACCCAAGCCUCCCCUUCACUGGAUCAAUCCACGGCGGUCUGCUGGAGGGGAAGUCCAUCAACAUCAGUGGACGAGUCCUGCCUGGAGCCGAUAGGUUCCAUGUGAAUUUACAGUGUGGUUCCAGGACCAAUGCGGACAUUGCUGUCCACAUUAACCCACGAUAUGACAGCCACCCCGGUUAUGUGGUUACCAACACCUUACAGAAUGGCAGCUGGGGGGCAGAAGAGAGGAAGCAAAACUCGCCGUUUCCUGCUGGCUCUACCUUCAGCCUCACCAUCACAGUCACACGUGAUUCCUACCAGCUGAACGUCAAUGGCUGCCACUUCAUGGAGUACAGACACCGUAUCCCAUUUCACCUGGUGGACACCAUCUCAGUCAGCGGGAAAGUAGAAAUUUCCUCCAUUGCCUUCCAGAACCCUAUGCUGGCAUUUCCUGCACAGCCUGCGUUUGCUGCACAAGUAGCCUAUCCCACCCAGGCUGGCUUCCCUUCUUAUCCAGCGUUUCCCCCGCAGCCUGGAUUUCCAACUCAGCCUGGAUUUCCAACUCAGCCUGGAUUUCCAACUCAGCCUGGGUUUCCUUCUCAGCCUGGGUUUCCUUCUCAGCCUGGGUUUCCAUCUCAGCCUGGGUUCCCCUCGCAGUCUGGAUUUCCUCCAGCAAUGCCUGCUGUUCCAUACCAGAGCCACAUCAGCGGUGGACUGCAACCUGGCAGGACCAUCACUAUUCAGGGGAAUGUUAACCCCAACGCCACAAGGUCUGACUUGAUUACUUAUUGUUGCUGGAUCUCACUUUGAAAACAACCUUUGGUAGUAUCAAAAAAGACACUGCGGCGAGUUUAUCAGGGACGCUCUUUCAAAGAUGUGAUUGUAAAAUGCUCUUUUUUUUUCUUUCAGCUGACUAUCUGUUGUGAGAAACAAUCCUUCAGGAUCGUGGCCAAUGGGAUGCAGCAGCACAUCUAUAAGCAUCGUUUCACUCACUUCCAACACAUCACCAAGCUGGAGAUCGCUGGAGACAUCAGUCUGACUUCUGUGAUGGUGUAGAGACCCAGCACCACUGGCUGCUCUGGAUUAUUUUACACACAACAGGGUUUCCCUGAUUUAAAAAAAAAAAUAAUAAUCUGCUUGCAUUUAUUCAUGAAUCCAUGCUAAUUGAUUACUUAUGGCAUUUACUGGAUAUUGUUUAUUUACCUCCUGUGUAUUCAUGCUACAAAUUAUCCUUUUUCUAUAUUAUUAUUUGCUAUACAUAUUCUGAAAACAUUGUUUUUUUAAAGGAAAAAUCCACCAACGAUUACCAGGUCCAGUUAGUUCAUGAAUUAAGUUAAUUCUGGUUGAAUUCAGAGUGUGAUGUUUGUCCAUUGACAUUCUGUAUAAUACAGUCUCUAAAAAUGAACACUGUGAUCAUUGUUGUUUGUGAAACAUUAAAAUGAAUGUGACAUGUUUUGUGUGAUGAAUUCUUACCUGCUGGAAUGUGACUAAAUAAAAGGCAUGGGUCUCCACCAUAAAAUAUU